AUGAAGUACUCGGCCAUUGCUCUUCUCGCCCUUGCCCAAGGCAUUGUCGCUAUCCCGUCCCUGCUGGGGCAGAUCAAGCAGAGCCAGUCCAAGGUUUUGGUACCUGAUCAGGAUAUAUCGUACCUAUGCACAGAGACAAGCCCCACGCUAAACACGAUGAUCUCUGCUGGCUCUUAUGUGCUUCUGAAGAGAUUCAAUGCCCAGAUGGGUGGGUCAGAUCACCUUAUUGACCAAUUCGUAAACGCUACACUGAGCGGUCUCAAAGCAAUGCCUUUGGGUAUCAUUGCCACCCAAUAG